AUAUUUUUUUAUAAAAGAUCUAGCGUUGGUUAUUUCUUCUCAUUAUUUUUUUUUAUUCGUAUGAUGUGUCUUUGAUCUGAAUAAUCUGUUUCUGUCAAUAUUGAUUAUGUUGUUAUUUUUUAUUGAUUUGGUAGGGCAUUUCUGAUCUGUAAAUGGUUUUCCUUGUUAUUGAUGGUUGGUUUUAUGCAAAUAUUACUGAACGUUUCACAAGUUUGGCUGAGGAUCUGAAUCUACAGCCGCACUCUUUGCGGGUUGCCUCGGUAGAGUGCAGGAUGACAGAGCCGCCUUUUGUUCCAAGAGAGAGGCUUUUUGAGAAGCAACGAUUUUUCCAGAGCAUCCAUAAGCACACAUACCUGAAAGGACCAAUGGACAAGAUUACCUCAGUUGCCAUUCCUGCUGCUCUGGCAGCUACUUCCAUUGCUCUUAUUGCACAAGGGAUCUAUAAUAUGUCUCAUGGGAUUGGAAAGAAAGAAUGAAGAGGCAAAAAUCUGUUAGAUAAUGGCCUAUAUGAUUGGCAGCUAAAAUUUCAAAAAAUUGCAUGCUGUUGGAAUUUGACUAGAGUUGUUUGUUGAAGCAUAUUGUUUUCUACCUCUAAUAAAUGCUUAGUUUGCAAUCUGGGAUCACCAAUGGAAAGAUGAAACUUUCUUGUUGAC